GGGGGGUAUCGGCCUCUACCCUACGCCUUUCAGUUUCCGCGGGCGGACUGGCCGGCAGUGAGAAGGGUGUGACUUCUCGAGGGGCUGACGGAUGUUUUGCAGGAUUGUAGUUGAUGCAGAGUUAUCUGAGCACCCUCCCAGGCCUACGUUACUCUGGAGAUACUUUGCUAAAUUAGGCCUUUUCUGCAGAUGGAGGAAUUGGAGCAAGGCCUGUUGAUGCAGCCAUGGUCUUGGCUACAGCUUGCUGAGAACCCCCUCCUGGCCAAGGCUUAUAUCACCAAGCAGGGCUAUGCCUUGCUGGUUUCAGAUCUUCAACAGGUGUGGCACGAACAGGUGGACACAAGUGUGGUCAGCCAGAGAGCCAAGGAGUUGAACAAGCGUCUGACUGCUCCUCCUGCGGCUUUUCUCUGUCAUUUGGAUAAUCUGCUUCGCCCAUUGUUGAAGGACACCGCUCACCCUAGUGAAGCUAUCUUCUCCUGUGAUCGUGUGGCAGAGGCACUGAUCCUACGGGUGCGGAGUGAACUCUCUGGUCUCCCCUUCUAUUGGAACUUCCACUGCAUUCUAGCUAGUCCUUCCCUGGUCUCCCAACAUUUAAUUCGUCCUCUGAUGGGCAUGAGUCUGGCCUUGCAGUGCCAUGUGAAGGAGCUGGCAACAUUGCUUCGGAUGAAAGAUCUAGAGAUCCAGGACUAUCAGGAGAGUGGGGCUAUGCUGAGCCGAGGUCGAUUGAAGACGGAGCCAUUUGAAGAAGAUGCUUUCUUGGAACAGUUUAUGGUAGAGAAACUACCAGAAGCAUGUAGCAUUGGUAAUGGCAGGCCCUUUGUCAUGCAUCUGCAGAGUCUGUAUGUAGCAGUCACCAAACAGGAGGUACAAGUGGAACAGAAGCAUCAGGGCACUGGAAAUGCUGAGACCUCAAGCAGCUCCUCUCCUCAACCUACUGAUAACCAGCUUCCGAGUCAGCCAGAACAGCCAGUCUCCUCAGCACCAGCCCUCUCAGUGCUCGAAAAAGAGCCCCUGGGUACUUCAGGCCCUACGCAGAGAACUCAGCUGUCAAAGGUCAAGAGGAAGAAGCCACGGGGGCUCUUCAGUUAACCUGUUGUGGCUCAGCUGCUGAGGAUGUACCAGAAGAAUAGUUCCCAAACAUCACAUGGAAAGGAGCUCACGUGGCAGUUUCUCUCAAACAGACUUACAAUCAGAUGCCCACUAUCAGAACAAGAAAACUAAGCUCAUGGUGACAGGCUUCCUGAAUGGGGACUGUUAAACAAGGAAAGCAUGGCGCCAACCCAUGGAGCACUGACCUUCCCGGGUAGUGUGAAAGCCAGUCUCUGAGAUUCAGUCUCUUUUGGUGGAGGUUCUUUAGGCCCAAGGCCCUACCUUAGAUUUUAGGAUACAGAGUAAGUCUGCAAAAAGGAAGAAUGUGUCCAGGAAGCCUGUGUGCCUCUCUCCUGAAUCCCUAGCCAGUCCAGGUGCUCCUCAGAGACCCACUUCUCUCUUUAGCAUGGAAUAAAAAGCACACUCCUUGUGUUUGAGAUUACAUAUCUGUGGAACUUGUAACCCACCUCACCUCACUUGUUGUCCUCUCUGAGUCCUCAGUCCAGUCCUUCAAAUUCAUCUUAAGUUUCUCUGUUGUGGUCUGAGCUAAGUCUCCAUUUCAGAAGCUUUGAUCUCUAGAACUCUUUGCAUGGUGAGCACAAGACAAGAUACACUGCUACUCUGCUCUGCAAUUGAAUGUGUUAAACCACAGUGUGGUACUGAAAUUACAAAGAACUUUGAGCUCUAGGACCAAGGUAGGUUCCCAUGGGUAGAAGAAAAAGGAAUUUGACUUUCUCAUUCUCCACUCCUUUAGAUAAUAUACUAAGUAGAAGAACUAGGAUGUCAGAGAAUAGGAAAUAACCCAAGAGUUCCCUAGGACAGCAAAAGUGGCCUAUAAAACUAAGAAUGCCUACCAGGAAAGAGUCUGAAGGCAUAGGAGACAGUCAAGGUCUGAGACAGUCACCUCUUGAACACCCCAGGACUGGCAUAGUCCCUUGACCUUCUCUGCCAGGUCUUUCUCUAUUAUAUCAUCAUCUUAAACUUCACCUUAAAGAGAGAGGGAUCAAAGUCAACCUUAGACUGGGCAUCCCAGCUUCUUGGGAGGCCAAAGCAAGAGGAUCAUAAGUUCAAGGGCCACCAGUUCACAGGCCUGCCUGGGCAACCAAGUGAGACCCUGUCUCAAAAUAAGAAAUAAAAAGGACUGAAGAUGUAGCUCAGAGCACUUGCCUAGCAAGCACAAGGCCCUGGGUUCAUUCCCCAAUACCACACACACACAUGUGCACACACACACAAAGUAGAACUCAGAUGUUCACUGGGAAUCCUGCAGUAGCGGGAGGGGUAAGGAACAGAAUGCAGAGGCCUUCUCUGGUGAGUUUACUUUUGCUGACCUCCUUGUCUGCAUAUUCUCUCUAGCGGGAAUUGAUGUUUCUGCACUGAUGUAGCCCACGAAGAGAGGACCAUUCAAAAAUAAUAAAGUACUAGUUAUUAUAAUAAUAACAUAAGUAAUAAACAGCUACUGUUUAUUAAGCCAUUAAAGUAUACCAAGUAAUCUGUCUAAUAAGUGCCUGACAUUGAAUCCUCACAAUAUCUGAGGAAGAUACUGUUAACCCAGUAAGAAAUUGAGUCUUGAAGUGAUUGAGUGACUUAUCAAAGGUCAUGCAGCUAAGAAUUUGAAGAAGAAUUUGAACAAGGACAACUGAAUUCUUAACAGCAUUAUUACAGACAUGCUGAAAAUACUUAUCUUUUCAUUUUUGUUUUACAAACUGGGAUUGAGCCCAAGGAGGCUCUACCACUGAGCUAGAUUCCCAGUCCUUUUUAAUUUUUAUUUUGAGAUAGUAUCUAAGUUGCUAAGGCUAGCCUUGAACUUGUGAUCCUUCUGCCUCAGCCUCCCGAGUUGUGGGGAUCACAGGUGUGGACCAUCACACCCAGCUCUGAAAACACUUUUUCCAGGACCGCUGUUGGGUCUUCCUCCAAUCUUGUGCUCACUCACCUUUAUCCUGUGACCCUGCCUCCUUCCAUGGGAUGCUCACCUCCUGUGGGCAAUUCCAGGACUCAUGCCCUGCCUUUUCUUGCCAGCAGUUUCUGAGAGAGCCAUGAGGCUCAUCCCAGUUACUACCAAUAACUUUUCUUUACCUUUAGUCCAUAGUGCCCCAGGGCAUGUCCAGUAGUAAUGACUAUAAUCAAAGAGAAUUGGAAACUCUGUGAAAAUAGUCCAUCAGCUGGGUCACCUUGUUCUUUACUUUCUUUUAGCAUUAAAUCAGAUAGCUAGAUUUUGGGGUCUACAUAGUAUAAGACCACAUGGGAAAUGGAGGCUUUGCCAGCAAGCUUGGAAAAAAUAGGAGUUCUUCACUCUGGAUAAUCCCUUUGCCUAAGAGCAAAUUCUCACGCAGGCAUUUUUAAUCAGUGGGAUGAGGGGCCUGUGACUUCCUUAAAAUUGUAAGGAAAAUCCUUAAAGUAUAACUUCCUUCAUGUUCAUAUAAGAUGACACGACUUUUUCAAAAGGUUAAAUAAGCAUACGCCUGGGAACCUUCCUGUUCACUACCCUUGUAUUCCCAAAGGUUGCUCCCUCCUUGAGGGCAUUGCUUAAAUGCAUCCUUAGGGAACACCACUGCUAGAGGCCCUGCCUUGGGCAUCCUUGCCUUAAAGCCCUUAACCCCGAGCUAGGGGUGAUGGUUGAGAAUCAUUCUUCCAGGGAAAUCCCUGCUUUGACAAAUUGGCCUAGCCAGGCUGUAUUCCAGCCCUGCCCCUGGCUUGGGCCCCUCCCUGAGGCCCCCAGCCUGGCCCAACCCCCACUCCACAUGCACAUAAAAGGGUCGAAUUCUCGUGGCUGCUCCAUAAAUUUUAUUCCGUAAAUAUUAGUUUUCCCUGUGUUUAAUAAAGCAGUGGCCCACCUCCCCGCCUACCCGCCUGCUCCCCGGGGCCGGGGCUGGGGCCAGGGCUGGCUGGUGGGAGAAGGGACUCUUUCAAUUGCUUUGGAGUAUUUUUAGAAAAAAAAAUAAUAUAAGGUGGUUUACACGAGCAAGCCAGCAAACCAGGAGCAGGACUUGGGACCUCGAGGAAGUUCCUGCAGCAACUCGAUCUAAAAAGUAGAGAAAUAGCGCCACCUAGGUCGCAAGGUCUACUUGGCCUUGCAGGCUGGUACCAGGGCAGUCAGCUAGGACUGGCAUGCUCUUUUCUGGGAGAGAAAUCCUCCUCUUCAAGCUCCAGCUGGGUAGCUCCAUCAUAUCUCAUGCCUUAUGGGACUCCUUUCUCAGCAACUCUUAAAAGCAGAGGCCAACUUAGGUUCUGAGCAGUCAGUCCUGCCAGAGCUUUUCUCUUCUCCCAGAUCAGGGAGUGUUUCCAGGGUAUGGUAAAGUUACUGAGAUGAAGGAAGGAAGCUUCUAGUCCCCAUCUUCCCCUGAGACCUGAGAAGCUAGCCCUGGAAUUCCUAGGGCAUAAGAUGACAGGGAAUAAAGUCUGUGCUCCUGUGCUCUGGAUGGUAGUCUAGCCCAGUCAGACCAAGAUCCUCCAUCAGCUUGCUAUAGGGCACCUACCAUGGUAGGCUGCAGGACACAGGGGAAGGAGAGAUGCCACCCCUUCUGAUACUCAACCCUGCUGCCUUUUGCUUUUAUCCUGUGGUACAUUUGUACACUUUUGAUUUCCUUCCUGUUCAUUUAAGCCUUCCAUUUCUCAAGUCCUUCCCUUCUCCCUAGCUCAGUUCUGUUGGGAGAUAUAUAGGGGCCCUUGGUUACUCUAUGCAAAGAUGGUGGCAGGAGUGGGCAGUGCUUUCUCAUUCCUGACCUUGUCACCAGGGACAGUUUCUUCUCUCCUUCUAUUUUGUCCCUCAUUUUCUCCUAUUUAAACAACCUGGGAAGAUUUGUGCCAAAGAGUUUAGGAAGCCUAAAUCCUCAUAGUAAUCCUCAUGUGGUGAGCUCACUCUGAUCUGUCCUGCUUAUUCCUCUAAUGUAAUCCAUAUUAGCAGGCACAUUUGUGAUUUUUUUUUUCAUUCUUUUAUUAGCUUAUAUUCCAUGAGGAGAAGAGUAAGUUUUUAACCCUAACACAGAAAAUAUCACUGUGGUGGUAUUCCAGUAGAGAACAACUUAGCAUUAGCUAAAUUUUCAAACAACCAGGAUAUGUUUUUUCUGUGCUUUUCUCUGGAGUAGUUUCUGUCUUUUAAUUGUCCUGAAGAAGAAAGUUUCAAAAGGAGUAAAUAACAUGUUGCAAGGAAACCACCGAACUCAGUGCUCACGAACCGUGUCACUAGUCCCUGUUACCAACAUCCAUACAUGUUAUGAGCUGAUAAAAUUGUACUGCAUUAUACUGGGCCCUGAGAUGCAGAGGGAAAUGUGGGAAGAGGAGGGAGCUCACACUUUGCAGGGGUGUUUCCCAUAGGGUGGGAUCAUCUGUGACUCCUAGGAAGCUUCUAGAGGAUAUUCAUGGCCAGGGCUCCUUAGAUCCCUUUCUUGUUCUUCUGACCAGGGUCACAGAUGAUCCCACCCUAUGGGAGGGUACUAGCAAGGGUACCAGGUAGCCCAUCUGUGUGUUAGGAAGAGGGACCCUAGGUAUUCCUUCUCUAUUUGAGGAGCUGGAAGGUCAUCCAUCUCUCAGUCUUUCAUCCCAGAACACUUUUAUGUGUACUUUUCCAUCUCCUGAGACUUUCUUUAUGGUCAUCCUUUAUGUAUCCCCUUAGUUUGGGGGUCUCAUUUCCCUACCCUGGUGCCUGGGAUGUCCUAUAGAUAGCACCAAAGUAUUCUAACAUGCUUACUCUUCUGAGCUGGUAAGUUCCACCCCCACUCAGUUUUCUUAUCUGGAACUCAACAGAUCUUUUGCUACUGUUCACACCCUUGGACCCCUUUGAAUGUAGUGCUGGCCCCUAGUCACCCAACUCUCAUGGAUUCCUAAGAAUCUGGACCAGCCUACCAGGGGAACCCGGAAGACGCAUUGAAAGAAGUCCAGGGUGUGGGGAGCACACAGCCUUUGACUCACCUGGGAAGAUUGUGCCAGGAUUACUUGUCCUGCUGGGCCAAGGGCCAGUGGUUAAAGGAACAUGCAAUGCCAUGCUCUCACCUCUUUGCUUUGGGGUCCAAAAUAGUGGCAGGGUUAGAAUUGGGGAGUAGGGCUUGGGGGCUGCUGGGAGUCCCUUCGGAAAUCUGGGUGUUGUAUUUACUUUUUCAUAUUGGCAGCUGGAAGGGGAAGCCCAUCCCAGCUCGGCAUUGUUGUCUAACGUGGUUAAUCAGAUCCUAUAAUCCUGCUGUGGAAAUAUUGGGCCUCACUCAAAACAAUAGAGACCGAGAAUAUUGUAGUUAAAUUUCAACCAACUGCCUCCCUGGCCUGUUUGCCUAACCCCUACCCCCCUCUCUAGGGCCAGAGUUCUCCCAGCUUUAUGGACCCCUGAUAGGAUCGACAGCUGGUCAGAAAUCGGGAUGGGAGAGGGGAGAAUGGAGUAGGGGAUGAGAGAACCCCUUGACUGGCACUCCAUCCUGCCUCUUCCUUCCCUUCCUAAGCCUUGAAGGUGGACAGGAGAUGGUAAAAGGGGUUGGAGCUGGUAGGGAAGCCCUGCAGGUGUGAUUCUUAGCUCAAGGGUCAAGAAUAGUACUGCUGGGAAUCAUUGGUGGUAAAGAGAUCUUUUAUUCAAGACAUAAAAAGACCUCCGCCAUGUGAAAAGGAAAGAUUGUCAGUUUCAUUUUAUUACUGGUGUCUGGUGCUUCCAGGGCACAAAGCAAUACCAAUUGGUCCUUGUCACCCAUGGGAGGAAUGGGAAGGCACUGGUUGGGUGAGAUGGAGCUGGUAAUAAAGAUUUUGUGUCAUUAGUAACUCAAUAACAGCAAUAUUACUACUAAUACUCUGAUGAUAUAUGAAGGUGAUACUGAUAAGGCAACCUGAGUGCUUUUCUGGUGGUCGUGAUGUCCAUUGUGUUUAGUAAGUAUGAAUUAAAUGUGGCAAAAUAAUUUAAAGAUUAAUUAGAAUAGCAGGACGAAAGGAAUGGUUUGUUUCAGAAGGAUAAGCUGUGUGAUUUUGAAUCAAAAAAGAAAAAGAUGCCGUGUCUGGAUUAUGCUAAAGGGGAGAUUGAACUGUGACACCUUGAGCAAGAGGCAGGAAAGGUUCCUCCUGCAGAUGCUUCACCCAGACUAUGAAGUGGCCACCUGUGAAUUUGUUCUUGGCUGUGAUGCACCCAAGACACAGGGACACAGCUUGCAGCCAUGUUGUUUUGGAGGCGUCACUAGCCAAGGAGGUCAAGUACAGUGAGGCCCCAGCUCCGGCACUCUGGACUAUUGAACGGUCAAAGUGUACGUGCGUUUUUAGGAUUUGAAGACUGAAAAUAGCAGAACAGUGCCAAAUGAAACUGUAUUAAUCUGUCUCCAGAGGGGGAGGGUGGCACAACAGCAGAAAACCCUUGAGGAUGUUCUCACUAGGGUGCUCUGUGAUGAUCCAGAGACUGGUGUGGCUCCUGUGGGUCAUUCAUCAAAGCCAGCGUGAAGCAGGGACUGAACUUUCCACCCAGAGGACAUCUGGGAAGCAGUUCCUCGAUGUGAGAAUCUAAGACAUAUGCAAGAUUCUGGAUGAGAAUCCCUAAAGUAACUUCAUGGCAGUCAUUGACUGGGACUGAAGCAGGUAGAGAACCUGAUACCAAAUGAUCUAAAAAUGAUGGAAAACGUUUUAAAACAUAAGCAACAGGAUAGUGAGUGGGAAAAAUUCGAUGAGAAGAAAGAUUCCCACUGAAGCCCCAGAAAAUGAGCUAUAUUGAUGAAGGGGAAGAGGAUAUAGGAAGCCAAGUUGGUUGGUUAAACCUCAUGCUGUCAUAGACUUGAAUUGCAAAUGAGAAAAUCUAAAGAGAAAAACAUCACUACAAAGAAAUUCGAAAGAAUGGCACAGGUUUGUAGGCAGUGUUAGGAAUACAAGUUCAAAAACAUAUUCGACAGGAAACAGGAAUAAUUAAACAUGUAUUAACUUUAAUCCUGUUAAUUGAGUAAUUAUUCCCUGGCAUCCCCACCAACAAAGGUGCUCUGCUGCUUUCUAAAUGGCCACAAGGACAUACUCCCGUGUUCCACAAGCCUACAAUACAAAACUGAUACUUAAAGAAAAGACUUUGUGCCCCAAAUUUCAAGUGUAUGAAAUAGAAAGUGAGAGCCAUGACAAUGGUCUUUUUUUUUUAAGUUUUAAAGAAUCCCAUGUGUAAGUACUAUUUUGUUACCUACUCUUACUGAACUAUGCUGCAUUUGUCCAUAUUUAUACCUCAGUAUAUACAUCUCUUUAAAGGGUAAAUUAUCUUGCCAGGUUGGUGGCACACAUGUAUAAUCCUAGCAACUUGGGAGGCUGAGGCAGGAGGAUCUCAAGUUCCUUGUUAGGCUCAGCAACUUAGCAAGACCCUGUCUCAAAAUGAAAAAAAGAACUGGGGCUCAGUGGUAAAGCCCUCUGGGUUCAAUCCCCAAUACCAAAAAAGAAAAAGAAGGUGGGGGUGGUAAAUUUUCUUCACUCAGAGUUUUAUAAAUGUUGGGAAAACACCCUUGUGAUCAGGAAGUAGAAAGUCAAGGUCACUUACUCCAUUUUCUCUCUUAACUUUAUCUUCUUCCAUCGCAACGAUCUCUUUGUCUUUCUCUAACAUGCCAAGCAUGUCAGGGCCUCUUUGAUCUACGCAGUUCUGUCUGCCGAAAAGUUUCUUUCCCUAGAUACCUGCUGGGGCAAAACCUUCACCUCUUUCAGGUCUUUGCUGAAACCAUACCCUUUCAAAGAGUUCCACGCUGACUACUCCAGGGAGCAAACUACCUGUUGACGUCUCUCCUCCCCACCAGCUGCUGACCCCCCAUCCUGCCCCUUUGUUUCACAUGUUUUGCUUGUGGUCCCCCUUAUUGCCUUUUAAUGCAUUCUAUGUCUUAUUUAUUUUUAUGUUUGUUUUUAAUUGCUAAUCUCCCCACCAGAAUAAAACUUCAUGAAGACAGGGAUCUUUGUUCUUUUGUUACUAAUUUUUUUUGUUUGUUGUUUUGGUUUUUUGUCUUCUCACAUCCCAAGCACCUGAAACGAUGUCUGGCAUUUAGUAGGUGUUCAAAAUGUUUGUUGUUGUUGAGUGAAUAUGUAAAGAAACGUUAACAUGCAAUCACACACGCACACACACACACACACACACACACGCACACACACACCUUCUCAUACCAAAAAUUUGUGGUUAUAAGUCAAUGUAGUCUUUUCGGA